GUAAUUAUAAAAUUUACAAAAAUUGAGUGUAAAGAAUUUGAUAAAACAUUUCUUGCUUUCAAGAGUUGCUAUUUAAAGGUUUGGAAUCGUAAUAAUGUUGCUUUAAAUCUACAUGUACGAUUGUUAAAAACUCCAGUUAAUAAUGUAACAGUUAAUGCUGGUAUCUAUAUUAAGACCUCUACACAAAGAUAUAGUCCAUUUAUGUAUAAUACUACAUUGAAUUUCUGUAGAUUUGUCAAAAGUCCAAAUCGUUUUAUACAUUGGAAAUUAUUGUAUAACAUUAUAAGGGACAAUUCAAAUGUUAAUCAUUCUUGUCCUUACAAUCAUGAUUUAAUUGUUAGUAAUUUUUCGCUUAAUUCGAAAAUGUUACUACCUGUACCAUUACCCACCGGUGAUUAUUUAAUCAAAUUUAAGGCUGGUAUACACAAGGAUUUUAAGGGAGAAGUUUCGACUUACUUUAAUGUAAAGGAGUAA